AUGCAUAGCUUAGUUAAUACAAAUUUUAACCGAACUUACAAUCCUAACGGACGACAAAAUGUGUUGUGCGAUAUUAAAAGAUUAUUAACAUCUAGAGAUACAGAAUCUCAAAGUAAAGCGUGUGGAUAUCUGAUCGACGCUGUUAAUAAAUAUAAUUGUUCUUCAAGUGAAAGAGCACGUCUAAUAGAGUAUUUAUUAGAUAACGAUAUAACUGUAUUUCUUUGUGAAGCUACAUCAAAUUUAGAUUCGUCACUUUUUCGCAUAAAGGAGCAUGGAACAACAUCCGCACUGUCUCACCAAAGCGCUUAUAAUACAGAGCAAUUAUUAGCUUGCCUUAUAUCUUUAUCAUCUCAUAUUAAUAACAAAUCUAACACCAUACUAUGUAGUGCAUUUGUUCUUCAUGCGCUUAUCUCAUACCAACCUCCAUCGUUAGAUAUCAAUGGAAAAAUAGCGACUUUGCUAGGAGAGGUUUUAGAUAAAUGGUUUGAGUUACUUAUAGGUGGACUAAAUCGUAUAAUUUUGGUUGGGGAAAAUGGCGAUAUAGGUUCCAUGCUACUUGUUACUUGUCAACUUGGAAUGGAUACGAUUAGGUUGAUAAAUGCUUUACAAAAAGCAAAAAUGCCAUCGGACUUUGUCAACACAGUAUUAAUUGAUGAACAAGAGCUAACAACCCUAAAGGACGCGGCAUUAAAAAUAAAAAAAUCAAUUCAUAACAUUAUAAAAGAACUGGUUAUUUUUAAUAAGGAUAAUCAAACCAUAAUAAGUACAGAGGAAUAUGGAAUAUUUCUGAAAUUCCUUCUCAGUUUUAUAUAUGAAAAUGCUAAAACCGAAGUUUUGUCAGAUUUUUGCGAUUUCUUAUUUUCUAAAGGGUAUUUAAUUACGUUGCCGCAAAUACAAAUAAUAAGAGAUGAUCCAACAAUACGUAAAGUUAGCACUUUAGUUCUGGGAGAAAUGCUUAAGGCUUUAACUACAAAGUACUUGUAUGUUCAAGAUAACGAAUGCAAUGCAAUUUGUACCAAAGAUAUUGAAUUAUCAGAAUGGUUUAAAAACGAGAAUAAUUUGCCAAGCGAUUUAACAAAAGAACCGUUGAUAUGGGAAUUACUUCUAAAUAUUAUAAUACAAAGUAAAGAUAGUGCAAUAAUAACAAACUGUAUGGACGCUCUCAACAUGUGUAUGAGAGAUGCCGAUGAGAAUGCAAAGGAUAAAUUCGCCAUUUUAAUAUGGUCCUUGCUCCCGAAUAUUUUGUCUAAUGCCUUAAUAGAUCGGGAUAAUGAUUUAGCUGACACAAACAUAAUCUAUAUAUUAGAUUUAGCAAUAAUACAAUUACCGUCUGACCUAGUGCAGUCUACUUACAUCAAAAUAGCCGUCCUUAUAACUACGCUAUAUUCAAAAAACACGCCAGACUCUAAUAUUGAAUGUAGAAAUCACUUUGAAUACGUGUGUUUGAAAUUGUGUUUGUUACUGCUAGGCGUUUCGCGGGACCAUAAAGAUAAUAAAGGAAACCACAAACCAGUCACCAGCUGGCUGGAAAACACUAAGUUCGAUUUUCAAACACGCAAUAGCUUACAAAAACGAUCCCAACUUAGUAGCUAUAUUAACAUCCCAACCGUGGACACACGUACUAAUUCAAUUUCAAUACUUUUAAAAAGAGCUUUGGUUAGUGAAGAAUUACAAGAUGCGAACAAAAAUAUCAUUAGUAUCGUCAAUGAUAUUAUGGAUGAAUGUAACAAUGAAGAU